UAAUAUGCGUUUCAACAUUGUAUGUCAGAAUAUAUAUAGAAGGGACACCGCUUUAAAAUCUCCUAGUCAAAGAUCAGUUCACAUUCCUCAAGUGCAACUAUCAUCAUAUUCAUUACAAGCGCUAACGAUGUGCAGUGGGCCUGAAUAAGCCAAGCUACCUAGGUUAUCAUAACUCCCACCUACGUCAGCAGAAAGUACCAUAUUUUGAAUACUACAUGCUUUCUCAUUUUUUAGGGGAGAUGGUGAUAACAUCAAGAAUAACAUAUUUCUAAGCGGUAACAAUAUCAGUCAUUCUACAUCUAUAUCUUCACAGGCAGAAAUACUUUCUACUACAGCAAUCAGCACAAACACGACACCCUCAGGACCCGCUAUCAUCAUCCCUAGAACUUCGCUAAUAGUCGAGUUGAAGCCUGAACAACUGAGCAUGCGGUGUCCAGAGCCAUUAAGGCACAUCUGGCUAUCUACUUAUUGUAUAUGAAAACCAGAUCCUCUUAAAUCAGCAAGCUUCAGGCCGCUAUAAUGAGCUAGAUGCUGGCAGGAAUUCAUAUCUGGGGAGAUGGGGUCAUUCUUAUGUUAAUAUAUUCACUGCUUACACUGCUUAAGCUGUAUGGAAUGUGUGUGUUAGCCGUACUGGCUGACUACACUGCAAACUUUCAAGCAGAUGAGCUGGAGAAAUGGUUGGAGACUGCUAGAGCUCAAAGGGAGGGUGGUUUCGCGCAUAGUGGCCUUCCAGACAGUGAUUUGACAGACAUCAUUAGUGCUACUUACAGCACUAAGAUCAUGAUGCUAGUUUGGUCUAUGGAUGGCAGUUUACAAGGAGUGAUUCUGCGGGUUGUGGUUUCAGAGGCAGUGGGAGAGAUGUUUGGGUAGUCCAAGAUUAUAUGCACCUACAAUGUGCUUGCUGACUCGACUCCCUUGCUCCAUCUCUACUGGUAAAGAUAUGUGGGAGCACCAUACCUGGUUAGAAUAAUUCUAACCUCAUACUUUAAACGCACGUUGUCCUGAAUCUUUAUAACUUGGUCAGUAGGUGGAUGCCGCCAUUCCCUCUGCACAUUUCUCUUUGUCUUUCGUCUG